AUGCCGCAACAACCUACCUCGCUGGAGCCUUUAUGUGGUAAACAUGCUUGGAAUCAUUCGAGUUUUCAGUGGUUGACAAGUGUUUAUCCAAAAUUCUCGAGCGAAGAACCAUCUACUAGUGAUGGAGCUGAGCAUGUUGAAGUAUGCACUAAGGUAGCAAACUAUUCGCCAUUUGAAGAACUACAUGCAGUUGGUGAAGAUAUUUGUGAAUCCCAGUCUCCAUGUAAAUCGUGCCAUCGUCUUAAGAAAAAACUUACAUCUUUAGAAAAGACUUUAAGCUGGUAUAAAAAGACAAAAGCAUCUUUAACGAAAAAGGCCCAGAAGUUACAAAAUGAAUAUCGAAGCGAAAUCAGGGAAAAUCGUAAUACAUCAGUGGUGACCAGCAUUAAUAUAGACGAUGGAAUGCAGGGGAGUGCUGAAGAGCUUUUCGAAGGAGAAUCAUACAUGGACUACUCCUCUUUUGAAGAGUCUAGUCAGAGUGAAGAUUUAGAUGAAGAUACCACAAGUAAUACAGUCAGAAUUGAUGGAGGAGCAAGCUCGCAUGAACAACCUAUGUUCAUGGUAUUUUACAUCUCAAUCGGUUGAGUUAUUUGAAAAAUUUUGCUUUAACUGCAAGGAGAAAAU